AUGGAAGCCCCAGAUAAAAGAUUGAAACUUUCAAAUUCACAAUAAUAAAAUGGCUGCGUAAGGAAUUGGUUUUCGGAGUAAACCAUUCCUUCUUGCGAAUUUUAUUAUAGGUUUCGGUUUAUCUGGUGAGCCUUUAUUCACAAUGUCGAAUAUGGCUUAUGGCAUAGGGUAAGACAGGUGACUCAAUGAUAUAAGGGGCAUAGGAGUUUUACCGCUUAGCACACUUGAGGAGAGUCGCCCUUAGGCGAAGCACACUUAGAAGUCAAGCUCUCAGGCGAGGUAAUGCUAGUGAAAGAUCUCUCUGGCCUUUUUGCGUGGUUUCUGGAAUGAUUGCUAGACAAGAUGGCUGCUGAUAUCAUCACUUGGGAUUUAAAAGGAGGUCCUGAUAUUCCUCCCUACAGAAGAAACUAUCACUUUAUCAUCUAAUUAAUUUAAAAAACUUUCAGCUCCUGCAUCUUCAAAUGAGCCAGCUGAAAAUGAAGAUUCCUUCACAAUAGAAAAAGAAAACUCUUUGAUGAGGUCUUAUUAUUCUUUACAACUUGAAUUUUCCGCUGACGAAUUUCAAAGAUUCUGGGAAACCCUCCAAACUCCGCUUCCCACCACCUUCCGAAUAAAUCCUAUGCAUAGCACACAUGAAAAUUUAAUAAACCAACUGAAAAGCCCUGAUUUUCUGUCAUCUUUGAUUGAUGACUCUUUAAAUCCUAUUCAAAUCGAGCCUGUCCCUUGAUAUCCUAAUUCUCUUUCCUGGCAGAUUUCAACUAAAAAGUCACGAUUAAAGUACAUAGAAGGAAUAAAACCUCUCCAAACAUUAUAUAUACAUAAAGCCAUUUGAAAAUCCAUGAGUACAGAAACAAUAUCAGUUUCAUGCUAUCUCGGUCUAUCAAUCUUUCCCUAGCACCUAUUCCUACCUUUUUAACCAUAUUUAGAGGUAAAACAUAAUACAAAAUUUUCUUCCCAGAAAUCCACAUAUAAAAGCCCUUACCUCAAAGUCGCCUUAGGGAACCUUUUCAUCUGAAGCCAUUUUAUCUCCAAACAUUCUUGCAAAAUGCUAACGACUGUGGCUUAAUCUCACGCCAAGAAUUGGUCAGCAUGAUCCCAGGGCUUGUUCUUGAUGUCUCCCCAGGGAUGCAUAUUCUAGAUAUGUGUGCGGCGCCUGGCUCAAAAACAGCCCACAUCAUUGAGCUUAUGAAAGGACAAGGCUUAAUCGUGGCAAACGAUGUAGAUUUCAAAAGAGCCAAUACUUUGGUACAUCAGCUACACAGAACUAAUAUAAAUUGUCUAGUUGUUACAAAUCACCCUGCUCAGCAUUAUCCUGGAAUUGGCCCAAAGCAAAGCCGGUAUCAGUUUGAUAGGGUUUUGUGUGACGUCCCAUGCUCUGGGGAUGGAGCUAUACGAAAAUGCCCUGAUAAAUGGAGGAGCUGGAAAAUAAGUGACUCCUAUGGGCUUCAUAAGCUGCAGACCUUGAUUUUAAAUAGAGGAUUUUCACUGUGCAAGCCUGGAGGGUUCUUUUGCUAUUCUACAUGUUCUUUAAAUCCUAUUGAAAACGAAGCUGUUGUUUCAGAAAUGCUCAGACAGCAUCCUAAUGAUAUAGAAAUCGUAGACUUGCAUGGAAAAUUAAGGGAAAUUUGUCCUGGAUUUAUCGUAAGGCCUGGGCUUGGCAGUUGAAAAGUGGUCUGGCCAAAUGAAGAAGGCAGCCUUAUUGAAUAUUCUUCUAUGUCUGAGGUACCUGAAUCAAUAAAAUCAAUCAAAUCUUCUAUGUUCCCUGUUGGGAUUUCUGAAGAUUUACAAAAAUGUGCUAGGAUUUUCCCUCAUGACCAGAAUACAGGUGGCUUUUUUGUGACCCUCUUUCACAAAAUUGGGCCUAUACACGUACCGAGAAGUCCAAAUCCAGCUUUUGAAGAUCAGAAAUCAAGUGAAAUGAACACAGGAGGAAAUAAAGUUUUUAUAGAAUUAGACGAGGAUAGCAGUGAAUAUCAAAGCAUAAAGGAGUAUUAUGGGUACCAAGGAGAGCCUACUUCGCAGUUAUACACAAUGGCAGGAUCUAAAAUGAACACUAUAUUUUACGUUUCGAAAGAAGUGAAAGAUUUUAUUGAAGGCGACAAAAAAAAGUCACUAAAAGUGGUAACUCCUUAGAUCUGGAAAUAAAUUCUAGUCAAUUUAAAGGGAGUAAUUUUUAUAGGUUCAAAGAACGGUAAUUUAGGCUAAAUAGCAGAAAUUCCUCAUUUAAAAUGGAAUUAAUUAUAAGUUAAUCUUUGAUUUUAAUUGGGUAUCAAAGGGAUUUAUAUAUAAAUUAUUAUUAUAAAAAAUUAUGUAUAUUUUGUGGCAAUUUAAAAGGAGUAAGCCUAGGAGUGAAAGCUUUUAUCAAGCAUAACCUUAAGAGCUCAGGAAGUAUAUGCAAAUAUAAGCCAGUCCAAGAUGCGUUGCCUUAUAUUUCAAAAUUAUUCUCAAAAAGAAAAGUGAACUGCAAAGACACGGAAUUUCUGAAAACGAUCGUCAAUGAAAAAUUUGUGCUGCAGUCUUGCAUUAAAGAUGAAGAAUGCCAGAUUUUGAUAAGGGAGCUAGCUAAGAAAAGUGUUAAAAGGUUUUAAGCGGAUAUACCACUAGCCUGCCUAUCUGGCAUAACCCCACCUAAGGAUUAUCCCUCUAGUUAGAGCCACCGAUUCCCCUUUAUUACCGAUAAGUAAAAAAUAAGGGAUAAACCAAGCCUGUCUAGCCUGUAGGGACAGAGAAAACCUCCAGGGAGAAACAAAAACUUCCCUCAUAGCAAGCAUCACUUAACCCAAAUCCCAAAAAAGUGACUAUUUCAGCUUCAUACUCCUUGGAGUCCUUUUUCUUCAGCAUCACCAUUUUAUUUCUAUUCAGGGAACUAGGAUUUUAUAUUAUCCGGUUUGUAGAAAUCGAAGAAGAAGUGAUCGUUCUAAAAUGCACAGAAGACAAAAUCAUUCCAAUGAUUCCUAAAGAGCACGAAGAAAGCUUGAAGAUGAGGUAUUUAUCUAUUUAA